AUGGCAGCUGGCAAAUGCAUGUCGGCGCGAACCGCAGAUAGACAAGGCUUGAAGGAUGAAACAGGAAGCUCCGAACUACCUUCUUUGCAAUUGCCUUUGAACGCCGAAUCAAUGGCCAGCCAUCGCACCAUCUUGACGACAGCGGUUGCAUUUCUCACUUUCGUCGCUCUUUUUCUCGUCUAUGACGACUUUUCUGUCAUCUCCAGAAAGAUGACGACUACCUCAUCAAUUCCAAUUGAGGUCACAUUGUCAUCGGAAGUGUCAGAGGCGUCCAUUCUCGGCUCGGCUCAGCUUCGCAUCACACUCGCGAACACUUCACCACACGAAGUCUUCCUCCUGCGAUGGUCUUCUCCCUUAGAUGUAUCUUUACCAUCAAUCGGAGUUGUGUCUUUCACAUCUACGAAUAGUGGGGUCAAAGCCCCAUGUUUGGACAUGAAAAUCAAUCAUCGUGUGCCCCCAGAGGGAUACUUUUCCAUCAAUGACCAAAGCAUUGUCCACAUUCCUGCAAAUGGGAAAGUCGACACUGUUGUGGAAUUCAAAGAGCCUAAGGUCGCCCUUGUGAAAGGCGACGAAUAUAGAGCGAAAGCGGUGGGGUCUUGGAUGGGAGUCUGGGUCAAUGAGAGUGGAAGAGAAGUCGAGAGACUGGAGAUGGAUCGAGGAAUGAGAACGGGAGACUUUCAGAGUAAUGAAAUUUUGAUCAGGGUCUCAAGCGACGAAAGUGCUGAACUGAGGGAAUGA